AUGAGGGUCCUGAGAAGAGCAGCUGGAAAGACGAGGAGGGACAGGUUGAGGAACGAUGUGGUCAGACAGAUGGUGGGAACCAAACUGGUCCUACAGUUCAUUGCCAAACAGACAGUACAGUGGUUUGGUCAUCUUACAAGAAUGCCAACCACACAGCCAGCGCUGAGAGCCUACACCACCAGACACUCAGGUGUCAGGGCCAGAGGGAGACCACGCCGCAGGUGGAUAGAGGGAGUAGCAGAGUCCCUGCUUGCACACGGCCUGACUCUCCAGGAGGCGACACACCUGGCUGCAGAGAGACGCCUGCAUCUCCCCGCGACGCCCCCCCAGGCAUAA